UCUGGUUCAGAGUCCAUAAGUGUCGAGAGGUCGCAGACCAAAGCACGAGAAACCUUCCGACGGAGAUUGAGGACAGCAAGCAUCUUCACCAAAAUCGGCCUCACAUGCCGGAAGGGGAGGUGACGGAGCGGAGAAUGGAAAACGGAAAGAGAAAAAGGGAGAGGAAUACGGCGGCGGCGGUCUCUGCUGCUGGAAUUGAACGAAUUAGGGCUUCGCACAUACUGCUGAAGCACGAGGAAUCGCGGAGGAAGAGCUCAUGGAAGGAUCCUGAGGGACGACUUAUCAGCAUCACUACCAAGGCGAAGGCGGCUGAGCAGCUCAGGGAGUUGAGGGAGGAGGUCGCUGCCGGCAGGUCUCUGUUUGAGGAUGUCGCCGCUC